UGCAGGCGCUGGGGACCGCAGAGUCAUUUUUGUUGCCCAGCGGUGCCGUCGCGUGCAGCUUUGGGCCCAGGAGCAGAACCCAACCGCGUAUCCCCAGCGCGCACUUCGUCCACCCGGCUGCCAGAGCGGACACAUCGGUCCGGCCUCGGUUUCCCCCUUCUGAACAAAAGCGCGCACAGUGUGCUCCCCGCACCAAGCCGGGACUAUGGCCCCCUGGACGGUUCUAUCUCCUCCUUUCCCCGCUUCCCGGACCCUCCUCUGGGGACAGACGGACCGCGCGCGUCCUUGCAGCGGCGGCGGGUCGGGUGGGUGGGGUUUGCUGCACUGCCGCUGCGGCGGCGGCGGCGCCAGUGGGUCCUCCGGUGACUCUGGGGCGGGGCUGUGGGGAGGGCACGGACUGACAGACGGACUCCGGCGGAAUGGGGGGUGUGGCUGCUCCGCCAGGGUCCCCAGGGUGGGAGAGCGGCUCCGCGGCCACCGAUGCCCGGACCCCCUCUGUCUUCUGCUAGACAUGCUCUUCCUCUCGUUUCAUGCAGGCUCUUGGGAAAGCUGGUGCUGCUGCUGCCUGAUUCCCGCCGACAGACCUUGGGACCGGGGCCAACACUGGCAGCUGGAGAUGGCGGACACGAGAUCCGUGCACGAGACUAGGUUUGAGGCGGCCGUGAAGGUGAUCCAGAGUUUGCCGAAGAAUGGUUCAUUCCAGCCAACAAAUGAAAUGAUGCUUAAAUUUUAUAGCUUCUAUAAGCAGGCAACUGAAGGACCCUGUAAACUUUCAAGGCCUGGAUUUUGGGAUCCUAUUGGAAGAUAUAAAUGGGAUGCUUGGAGUUCACUGGGUGAUAUGACCAAAGAGGAAGCCAUGAUUGCAUAUGUUGAAGAAAUGAAAAAGAUUAUUGAAACUAUGCCAGUGACUGAGAAAGUUGAAGAAUUGCUGCGUGUCAUAGGUCCAUUUUAUGAAAUUGUCGAGGACAAAAAGAGUGGCAGGAGUUCUGAUAUAACCUCAGAUCUUGGUAAUGUUCUCACUUCUACUCCAAACGCCAAAACCGUUAAUGGUAAAGCUGAAAGCAGUGACAGUGGAGCCGAGUCUGAGGAAGAAGAGGCCCAAGAAGAAGUGAAAGGAGCAGAACAAAGUGAUAAUGAUAAGAAAAUGAUGAAGAAGUCAGCAGACCAUAAGAAUUUGGAAGUCAUUGUCACUAAUGGCUAUGAUAAAGAUGGCUUUGUUCAGGAUAUACAGAAUGACAUUCAUGCCAGUUCUUCCCUGAAUGGCAGAAGCACUGAAGAAGUAAAGCCUAUUGAUGAAAACUUGGGGCAAACUGGAAAAUCUGCUGUUUGCAUUCACCAAGAUAUAAAUGAUGAUCAUGUUGAAGAUGUUACAGGAAUUCAGCAUUUGACAAGCGAUUCAGACAGUGAAGUUUACUGUGAUUCUAUGGAACAAUUUGGACAAGAAGAGUCUUUAGACAGCUUUACGUCCAACAAUGGACCAUUUCAGUAUUACUUGGGUGGUCAUUCCAGUCAACCCACGGAAAAUUCUGGAUUUCGUGAAGAUGUUCAAGUACCUCCUGGAAAUGGCAACAUUGGGAAUAUGCAGUUGGUUGCAGUUGAAGGAAAAGGUGAAGUCAAGCAUGGAGGAGAAGAUGGCAGGAAUAACAGCGGAGCGCCACACCGGGAGAAGCGAGGCGGAGAAACUGACGAAUUCUCUAAUGUUAGAAGAGGAAGAGGACAUAGGAUGCAACACUUGAGUGAAGGAACCAAGGGCCGGCAGGUGGGAAGUGGAGGUGAUGGGGAGCGCUGGGGCUCCGACAGAGGGUCCCGAGGCAGCCUCAAUGAGCAGAUCGCCCUCGUGCUGAUGAGACUGCAGGAGGACAUGCAGAAUGUCCUUCAGAGACUGCAGAAACUGGAAACGCUGACUGCUUUGCAGGCAAAAUCGUCAACAUCAACAUUGCAGACUACUCCUCAGCCCACCUCACAGAGACCAUCUUGGUGGCCCUUCGAGAUGUCUCCUGGUGUGCUAACGUUUGCCAUCAUAUGGCCUUUUAUUGCACAGUGGUUGGUGUAUUUAUACUAUCAAAGAAGGAGAAGAAAACUGAACUGAGGAAAAUGGUGUUUUCCUCAAGAAGACUACUGGAACUGGAUGACCUCAGAAUGAACUGGAUUGUGGUGUUCACAAGAAAAUCUUAGUUUGUGAUGAUUACAUUGCUUUUUGUUGUCCAGUAGUUUAGUUUGUGUACAUAUAUACACAUAUAUAUUUUGCACUACACAAACGAUAACAUUUUAAGGACUAAUAUUGCUGAUACUUGAAUAAUCAAUCUCUACUAGGUUAUAAGUAGUAUACACAGAUUUACCCUGCCCUUGAACUUGAAGGACAUUAAAUUAUUAAUGAUCAUUUGGUAACAUGUUUACCUGAUUAUCUUCCAUAGAGUAACAUAAGCUGCUUUUCAAAGGUACCAUUGUGAUAAUGAGAUCAAAUUUAUAAGUUAUUAUUUUUAAUUUUCUAAAUUAAAUAAAAGAAAGAAUGCAAACCAGGAGUGAUUUUCAAAUGAGAUGUAAUCGACUUUAUAUCUUAGUCACAGAGUUGCCAUGGCACGUAGUAGAAAACCACAGGAAGAAUGGUCAUAUUCACUUUGUGGGCUGCCCAUAAUCUUUCUUGGGCAUUCACAACUCUUGAGUUUGGUGUUCAGGCAUCAUUAUUAAAAAGUGGAGUCCUAUGUACCAGACUGAGUUUUUACAAAUGAUUUGCAGACUAGACAUAACCCACUGAUGGAAAUGGUGAAUGAGCUUCAUAUAGGUUUAAAAGUGUAUUCUGAGCCUGUAGAUGAUUAAUAAGGUUUUUAUUCGAUCAUAUAAUGUAUUCCUUUGUAAUCAUUUUUGUUUAACUGAGGAUAUCUAGUGUCUGCUUCAUAGGGUGCUUUGAAAUAUAAAAUGAAAACUUAUUUAUACUGUUUUUACAACAGUCAAAAAGGAAACACACGAAAAUCACUUUUCUGCAACUGAUGAACUAUACAGACUGGACUCUUAACCUCUUAGUGCCUCAGUUUUUCCUUCGGGGUAUACUAUUUUAGAUACACCUACUUCACAGGAGUACUGGAGGGAUUUGCAAGCUAACAGGCCAAAUGCUUCCAUAGGAAUAAGGCAUGCCCAGCUAACAGAAAUUUAAGUCCCUCUUCCCCACCUCUCUCAUCUAGACCAAAAAGAAGACUAUAAUUUAGAUCCUUGGAGACUUUUCCUAUAUGCCUUCCAAAACUUCCUCACUUAGAUGUACCUUGUGCUUUGAAGAUUUAUUUGAUGCAGUCUUUGUAACAAAUAAUUUUUUUUUUAAACGGAGUUUCUCUCUUGUUGCCCAGGCUGGAGGGCAAUGGUGUGAUCUUGGCUCACUGCGACUUCCACCUCCUGGGUUCAAGUGAUUCUCCUGCCUCACUCUCCCAAGUAGCUGGGAUUACAGGCAUGCACCACCAUGCCUGGCUAAUUUUGUAUUUUUAGUAGAGAUGGUGUUUCUCCAUGUUGGUAAGGCUGAUCUCAAACUCCCAACCUCAGGUGAUCUGCCCGCCUCGGCCUCCCAAAGUGCUGGGAUUAGAGGCGUGAGCCACUGCACCUGGCCUGUAGCAAAUAAUUUUUAAGCAUUCUCAAGAUGUAUGAUAUUGGGUUUAGCAUCAUAUGUUCAGAGUGUUUUAAAUAAGAAAUAAUCUGUCUUUAGUAUACAGGAUGGUUCUUUGUUUGCCUGAAAAGUAUAAGAAUACAAUUUACUUUUCCCAAACUUUUUCCUUAUUUUUUUCUUUCAAAUAACUUUAAUUAUUUAAUCCCAUACUGAUUAAAAUAUGUCUGUCUAAAGGGAUCUACUACUAUUUGCUUUUAAAAAAGUGUUCCCUAUUUAUUUAGGAAAAAGUGAAGCAAGCAACUGAAUUUAUAUGUAAAAAUAACAUUUAGACCUGUGGAUCAAAGAUUAUUUUCAAAAAUGAGAUAUCAAUUUGGUAUCAGUAAAAAGUGUCUUUUCUUUUAGUAUAUAAAUAAAUAAAAUGCAAAUUAAGAGUGUAAGCAGUUGUGAAUCAUUACAAGCAGUCUGGGAUAACUAACUCCUAGGGAUAACCAUUUCUAUCCUGUUCCAAAGUCUUAUUUUAUAGUUUGAAAAGCACUUUGCACACAGUUCUUGUAUAUAAAAGUAAAGAUGUAAUUAUAGGAUAUAGUGUUCCUGCUUUGUUUAAUAAGAACCUCAUUUAAACUUGACAGCUAUGGUAUUUUUUUAAUGAUAACUUCUUUUCUGUUUAUUGUAAAACUAAGCUAAAAAUAAAAGGUUAAUGAGAAAUGA